AUGGGCAGUCAAUCUUCCAAAAUCUCUGUAGCCCAAGCUCCAUUCUCCCGGGCACCAGCAUCCAGCGAUUUCUAUGGGCUUAUCACUCCGAGAUUUGAACAUAUCGUGACUCAAAAUGGUCAUGCCAUCAUCACAGGAAGAGCUGGGGCUCCUUUUCAAUACUGCGAAGACGAGCCGAUUCGAAUCCCAGGUGCCAUUCAGAGCUUUGGAGUGAUGCUCGUUUUGCGAGAAGAAUCCCCAAACCAGCUUGUGGUUCGUGUGGUUAGCGAAAAUUCCGACGAACUUAUGGGCUACUCUCCAAGACAGUUAUUUGAACUAGGGAACUUUUGUGAAAUUAUGGACUCUGAUCAAGCAGUCACACUGUUGGCACAUUUUAGCUUUGUCCGCGGUGAUGCAUAUGAUCUCGGCGUGGAUGGUCCUGAAGUUUUCCCUUUAUCUAUUGUUAUGUCAAACGGAGAAAGCCGUCAUUUAUGGUGCGCUGCACAUGUUUGCCAAACUCACAAAGACCUUGUGAUCUGCGAGUUUGAGCUGGAAGAUGAUGAUGUUAAUCCAUUGAAUGUUGGGAGAGUCAGGACUAUGCUCAGCCCGAUCAACACUCUUGGCGUUCUCCCUACUGCAGAGCAAUUUGCUUCGAGCACCAUAGACACCAACCAGCCACUUCGGAUUCUUCGGAGUUCUCGUCAAAAAAGGGGCGAAGCGGCAGCAAUGGAGGUUUUGAGCAUCUUGACUCAAUCUCAGGAGAAAUUGGGCCUAGCUGAUAGCCUUGACACCUUACUCAACACUGCUACAGGCCUGGUCAAGGAGUUGACUGGCUUCCACCGGGUCUUGAUAUACCAAUUUGAUAGUCGCUGGAAUGGUCAAGUUGUUGCCGAAUUGUUUGAUCCCAAUAUCAGCAUUGACCUAUACAAAGGCCUUCACUUCCCGGCGUCCGAUAUUCCCGCCCAAGCACGUGAGCUAUACAAGAUCAACAAAGUUCGGCUACUUUACGAUCGUGGCCAGGCUACAGCAAGGCUGGUGUGUCGGAAAUUGGAAGACCUAGAAACACCUCUAGACAUGACAUAUGCCUACUUACGUGCCAUGUCCCCUGUCCAUAUCAAGUAUCUUGCCAACAUGCAGAUCCGUUCGUCUAUGUCGAUCAGCAUUUGCCCUUCCAAUGACCUAUGGGGUUUGAUUUCCUGUCAUUCCUAUGGGGAUAAUGGAAUGCGCGUCUCGUUUCCUAUUCGCAAAAUGUGCCGUCUACUGGGUGAAACGAUCUCACGCAACAUUAAACGCCUUACCUUCAUAUCUCGGUUAAAUGCUCGAAAAUUGAUCCAAACAAUCCCCACUGGUACAAAUCCGUCUAGCUGUAUCAUUGCGUCGUCACAUUGCCUUCUGAAACUUUUUGAUGCGGAUUACGGUGCUCUAUCGAUUUGCGAUGAAACGAAGAUAUUAGGCGACAACACUCAUUCGCAAGAAGUCCUCGCCAUUAGUGGAUUUUUACAUGUGCGCCGAAUCAACUGUGUGCUCGCCUCUCACGACAUUCUAAAAGACUUUCCCGAUUUCCAUUAUCCUCCUGGUCUCAAAAUCAUAUCAGGAUUUCUGUAUAUGCCAUUAUCCACCAGUGCUGGUGACUUCAUCGUGUUCUUUCGAAAAGGCCGACAUAUGGAUAUUCAAUGGGGCGGCAACCCCUAUGAUAUAGCUAAGCGCAAGGAAACUGCCGGGUACUUAGAGCCCCGUGCCAGCUUUACAGCAUGGCGAGAGACAGUUCUGAUUCAAUCCCGCGAGUGGUCUGAAAGCGACAUGGAGGCAGCGGCCGUUUUGUGCUUUGUCUACGGUAAAUUCAUCAAGGUGAGGCGUCAGAAAGAGGCUACUAUGCGAAACCCAAAACUCAACGCGUUACGGCUGGUUGAAUCUUCUGUGAUUCGUACGCCGCUCAAUACUGUUAUCAAGAAUCUUGAGCUUGCAUUGGAUCGUACACUUGAUGUGGAAAUCCGGGAAUGCCUGACCAAGUCCUAUUCAGCCGCCAAGUCUGUCAUUUAUCUCAUUAAUGACCUCCUCGAUCUGACAAACAUUGGUGGAAAGCAGAGAAUGCCGGAAUUUUCAAAAGGGUCGCAAUCCAUUCAAGAUACAGCCAGUUUGUGGCAUGCUUUCAGUCCUGGUAUACAUGCAUGGUGCGUUUCUGUGGUCGACGAGCCACACCACAAGUUGCGACUUGAUCUGCAGGGGUUCUUUUACAUCGAAUGGCAAAUCUUUACCUUACGAGGUCAACCAAUGUAA